CACUGUUAUUUAUGUUGAUUGAUAUGCAUCCAGUAAUUAAUCAUAAUUGCGUCUACUAGUCAAUGUGUCAAACAAAAAUUACGAAUAUUCUUCGUGUAUCAAGUUAAUGCCUUUAUUUUGCUUUGAAACAGGAAAGAUCCGUACCUCAUCUUCCUGCGAAUCGCAUUAUUCAUCGAUGUAACAUUUCUUUAUUAUUUUGAUCAAAUAUAAGUAGUAAGAAUCUAGAAUUCGUACGAUACUAUUAUAUGUGUAUGUACGCGUCAUGUUUCGUUUAAUUCAUUAACUACUUAUAGUGAAUUCAAAAUUGUUACGCAAGUUGUAAAUAAAUUCUUUUACAUCAUGAAAAAUUCAUGUCAAUUAAUUACUAGGAAAACUGAUUACUUCAUAAAAUCGGCGUAUUUAAUGCAUCAACACUAUACAACAUGAACAUGAUGAUAUUAAAAAUGUUAGCAUUAUUCUUUUAUAAUGGAUACGUUGGUAUCUGUGGACUAAAUAAUAUAUACAAUGAAGCACUUAAGAGAACUACUAACAGAAUAUUAAAAUUGACAAGAUAGCGGGUACUUUUGACACUUUUAAAAAUGAGACAGUGUUGUUUAAGCCAUCAACUUCAGUUGUGGCUUAUGUUUCUCAUUUAUUGUGUUAUAUACAAUAGAGCAGAUAUUUUAGUAUUUUCUGCAGCCGCAAGACAUCAAAUCGAAGAAGAAUUUAGAGACUUGCCUGCUAGAUUUGGAGGUUUGAUACCAUCUGAAGGCAUUAAGGGUAUGGUUGUAUAUGCAGACCCACCUACAGCAUGUCGUGAAAUACAAGGUCCCCCCAACAUUACCAAUUACAAUGGUAAUUGGAUAGCAUUAAUUGCUCGGUAUAACUGUAGCUUUGAAAUAAAAGUUCGAAUGGCACAGAAAGCAGGGUAUGACGCUGCAAUUAUACAUAAUGUAAACAGUAAUGAAUUAGAACCAAUGUCAGCGGAGGAUCCUGUGGGGAUAUUUAUACCAUCUGUAUUUGUCAGUGAAAUCACAGGAUUGAUUAUUAAAGAAAAUUAUUUAUACGAUCAGUUGUAUUUUGUAUUAAUUAACGACGAUGCCACAUUUAACAUUACACAUUUGCUCUUGCCUUUCGCUAUCGUUGUUGGGAUCUGUUUUCUAGUCAUGGUUAUUUUUAUGAUUGUUAGGUGUAUUAAAGAUAGAAGAAGACAACAGAGGCAUAGGUUACCAAAUUCAAGUUUGAAAAAAAUUCCUACGCACAAAUAUACAAAGGGUGAUCCAUACGAAACAUGUGCUAUUUGCUUAGAUGAUUACGCGGAAGGCGAAAAAUUAAGAGUUUUACCUUGUGCACAUGCAUAUCAUACAAAAUGUAUUGACCCGUGGUUGACCGAAAACCGUAGAGUUUGUCCUGUUUGUAAACGAAAAGUAUUUGCAGCAGACGAACAAGUUGUUACUGACGAAAGUGAUUCGGAUGCUGACGAUACAACGCCUUUAAUACGCGACGGUCAUCAAGGCACUCAGGGUGGAACAUUUUCGCGGCAAAGGGAAAAUCCGUUUGAUCGUGCUGGAAGAUCACAAACCAGGCAGGAUUUUAGUUACUCGGAUAGCAGUUCUGAUUCAGAGCUGUCUUUCGUUACGUCCGAAGAUAGAGAGGAUUGUGUACACAGUGGUGAACCAUCCAGUGGAACUGUUUUCAGAGCAUCUGAUAUCCAUAGCAUUAAUGGUGAGUUGCCGGAGCUAGAAUGUUCUGUGAGCAGCACUAAACCGCAUACAGUGAAUGUAUAUGUGGAUGCUCCAGAAUUCCGUGCACCCCUUGUUGAAAUUACAAGUCACAUUAUGCGAGUUGUAUCGAAUUCGCAAACAUCAAAUUCAACCGGGUCCACUCUAGCAGUUGAAAACGAAGCUACAAACGUCAUUGCCACGGAUCCUGAGAGAAAUGACAUUUCUGCAUAAAAUUCGACUAAGUUCAUCUUUUAUUACGUUUCAUAGAUUGUUUAUUAUAUAUCUCGAAUAAAAUUGAUACGCUCCUAUAAGAUGUUACAGAAUUUGGCAUAGAAUGCUAAUAACUUGUAAUCGUUAAAGAAAACAGCAUUUUUAAAGCUUAAAAAAUUUUAUUUUUUAUUUAAAAGAACUAAAUCGUUGAAAAUAUAUUUUAUAAUUGUAAGCUCUACAGUUUGUAUACCAAAUAUUCGUAUAAACUUAUUUAAUUUGUUUAGUAUUCAACAUUCUUUAAGCAUUUUUUUACGUACCAUAUUUUAUAGGAAAACAAAGAGUAAAUGCGAAUUUAUUAUCGGAAAUGAUCUGUCAUUAUUUUAAUAAUAAGAAUCAUUGUUAUCCUAUCUGCGUUGUUUUUAUUGAAUGUUACUUAAAGAAUAGAUAUUUAACAAUCAAGACUGCAAAUUAUUCUUUCUUUGGACAUCAUAUAUCCGAGUAUCAUAAUGUUUUAAGUAUGUUUGAUUUGUCUAAAAUACCUGGUGAAAAGUGACAUUAUUUAAAAACUACUUAUCAUGUAUCCGAAAUAUUAUUUUACUCGGUUCUGUAUUCACGACUAUAAUGACCUAUAUAUGUUUUUGCACGUAAUUAUUGUUUUAUAUAUAAUUAUCUCUAUUGCCGUUUUAUUAUCGCAGUAUACAUUUUUUCUUUAUUAGGCGAUUAGAUAUAGUUGAAAUAAUUCUAUUAGUGCUAUUGCUGUAUGUAUGUAUGUAUGUAUGUAUGUAUGUAUGUACAUAUAUAUUAUAUGUAUAUAUGUAUAUACAUAUACACAUAUAAUAAAAUGCAUACAAUAUUUCUUAUGAUAUAAUUGGUGAUAUGAGUUUGUAAAUAUUAUUCGUUACUGUAUAUACGUAUGUAUACAUAUAUAAAGGUUGAAAAAUAGACGACAUACAGAGAGUAUGAUGGAAUGCUAUAAAAUUCAGACGGUUGAUAUUUUUAAUGCUUGACGUUAACCGUUAUGAGAAAAAACUUGCUCCCUACGUGUAAUUAUGUUCUUUACCUUUUAACGGAAUAUAACUAGUUUUUAGGUCUUAAUAAUUGUUAACUUAUAAAUGUAUCAACGCAAGUUUUUCAAAUCGUCGUUUUUUAUGCGCAUUGUAUAAAUUUGUAUUUAUAGUGAAAGAUUGCGUUUACAACCAUUUUCUAAUUGUGAAACGAGAAGAACAAAAGUCAUAUUAAUCUAUAGGUGCAAGAAAUAAGUGAAUGUAAAUUAGGAAAUGGUGCUUCCAAUCUUUACUGUUAUUCCAUCAAUGUUGAAUCGAGUCUUUCCAAAGAGUGGAAUACGAAAGAAACGUAUGAAAUAAUGUAAAUAGUCGGUAUGAGUGGCCGUGUUAUGCAUGUAUAAUAUAUAUAUACAUACACAUAUACAUAUAUUAUAUAUGUAUACUGUACGAUGUCAAAGAUCGAAUUUUUAUUCGAUUAUUCUAAUUUUUGUGCCGGCAGAUUAAACUUGCCGUUUUCUUCAUUGUUCGACGGCAGAUAUACUAUUCAAAUAAAAACAAACAGAAUAUUUAUACUUUUCGUUUAACUGGACACUAAAAUACAAUAAACAUGAAAUUACAAUGACAAACAAAUGAAACAUCACGCAAAUAUCAGUAACCAUUUGUGUGAGAAAACGAGAAGAUAAUUUGGUUCGUAAUCUUGAUGGGAAAGCAAAUUCUUCGUGGCGAUCAUUGUUAUAGGCAAUUCAUGUUUGGAAACUCUCAGAGUCGACCUUGUACCGGAUAAAAGCUGCAAGAUAUCUAAUCGUGAUUGUACAGACGUAAAUAAAAAUGACUCAAGCGAACAGUA